AUGCCAACUCUAUCAGAGGCAGCACCUACAUGGGUUGGCAGUUCAGACGAAUUGCGUAGCGCAGGGGGAAAGGGGUGCAAGCUCACCAACCAGCCUGGUGGUGCUACUGCUGCUGCUGCUGCUGCUGCAACCUAUGCCUACUUCAGCUGCACCGUCCAGCAGCACCAGAAGCAACAGUGGUGGGAACUUCAUUUCCACGAAUAUCGCUGUCACACGGGUGUCACUGGCGUGACAGAAGGCCAACUUGUGAUGAUGGGCAUGAAUCUCGUCAGUCUCAUCUUUGGCCCUGAAACCUUCACCACAUCGUUCGGCGACGUCGCCCCUUCUCUAUUUCUGAAGACGGCGCCGCAGUAUUUGUUGUCCUUGCCUAUUCAAGCCUUCUUAGCUUUUCCUUUUUAUUUGCUGCUCAUUGGAAUGCUUUUUGCUGACGUCGUCAACGGCAGCAGACUUGCAGCAAAACCAGCCAAAGCAGUCUCUCAGCUGCUGGGUUGUUUAGUUCAUGUAUUAAUGCAUAUUCCUCUCUACUCUUCUAGUAAGCACAUGGGUAUUAUACAGCAGCAGCAAGAGCAGCAGCAGCAACAGUCAUAG